AUGAAACUAGAAACAAAACAAUAUAUAACCCUCAUAGCAAACAAAGUACGAGAAAAAAUAGAACAACAAUUCCCUGAAACAAUAACCUAUAGAUUCAAUAGGCAAACACAAAAAGUAGAAACAAUCUUAAACCUACAAAGAAUACCUGCAGAUAAUAUCUCUGCAAAUCCAACAAUUCUGAUAGAAUUAAUACAAGAAACUCAAGCAUUCUUAAAAGAAAUAACUUGCAAAGCAAGCAAAAAAUAUAUACACGAACAACUUUUACCAAAACUAUAUAUUUGUACAAUAUAUAGAGACUAUAUUAACCUCAAAGAAGAAUUAGUAACUACAACACUUACUGAACUAUUAACAUAUGAUCAACCUUAG